AUGAGCACUCCACCUGGUGAAGAUUGGCAAUGCCGAGAUGGGAAGUAUAUCUAUCCUGCUGAAGCGGGUUCAGACAUCUACCUCUAUCAGAUUGAAGACGGAGUUCAAUCGGGAUAUGAAAAGGAAUUUGAGAAUCGAGUAGAACCUGCAUUGAGAACCGAAGCCUCCUGGCAAGAUGACGGUGAUAUUGACAAAAGAUUAGACGUCUGGCACAGUACAUGUGUCGCCGCUAAGGCUGUGGGAAAGCACCUUGGAUCGGCCAAAAAAGCCAAAAUUGUGCCUGUCAUUCAUGAGAGUGAUUUCGUAGAUUUCAUUGAAUCACUGGACUUGAUCAUCAGUAAUAUCAAAGAAGACAAAGAAAGCAAACUGCCUGUCAGGUACAAAUCCAGUAUUUUGUUCUUCUCAAGUGGCUUCGAUCCAGAGGACCUGGCCGAGGCUGGUAUAAAUCCAAACGAACCGCCCUUCUCGGAGAUGAAAAAAUCAAUGGAAGAGAUCUUUGAUCUGGGGAUUCCAAUAGUGAUGGCUGCAGGCAAUCGUCGUGGCGAAGAUGGUCUCAGUUUGGAACUGGAUAUAUAUCCACAAGUUUGGGAAAGCGAUGAUUUCCCGGCUAUUAACAUCGGAAACGCAUUUUCAGACGGCCAGAUCUAUGAAUCUUCUCUGAGAGGUCCUAAGGUUGCCGUAUAUCUUGAUGGUGUUGGAAUUAGGUGUGUCGGUAGAGAUGGACUGGUCGCUGGAACUUCUUUCAGCACUCCUCUAGGCGCUGGGGGAAUUGGAGUCUACAUGUCUCAGAAAGAGGGCCCAUUCUACGAUGCAACUCAUCAUGGAGCUGGUACAAGAGAAUUUGUUGUUGCUGUUCGAAAAUUUAUCAAAACGCAGGGCAGUUGGCUAUCUCCUAACGGGGCAAGAAUGUUUUGGAACCAGGCUCCGUAA